AUGGAAUUAACAGGAAAUGAAUCAAUAAAUAAAUUAAUUUAUUCAUAUAUUGGAAUUAGAUUAUUAUCAUAUUUAUUUUUCUUUAUUUUAAAUUGUUUCCAAACAAUAAUGGAAGGGAAAUUAAUGAGAGAAAAGAAAAAUAAAAUUGUAACUCGUUUCUUUAUUUUCUUUUCAAUAAGUUUGUUUUGUUUUUUCAGAAUAAUCUCAACCUGUAUGUUUUAUUGGAGACCAGAUGAUUUUCAAGUUGGUACUGUUACAUUUAUAUUUUUUACCCUCGGGACAGCAAGUGUAUUUUCGCAGUGGGUUUUUAUUUUACACUUUUGGUUACUUAUUAUGUAUUCAUUUUUCGUAUCAGAAGAUGUAAGAAUAAAUAGACUAAAACCAAUUAAUUAUUCAACUGCUUUUAUAAUUUUUGCAUUAUUCUUAUAUAUAACAUUUAUGUGUAUUGGUGGAAUGUUAAUGGAUUUAAAAUUUGGUCAAGCCGUUGGAUUCUUAUGUUUAUUAGUAAUUUAUUCAAUUAUGGUAAUUGGUUUUGGUUCGGCAUUAUUAAAUAAUUUACAAAAACAUAAAAAAAAUACACCUUUUCAACAUUAUAAAGAUAUGAUAUUUAAAACUAAAAUUUUAUUAAUAACUUUAAUUUUAACAUUUUCAUUAACAUUUAUUGAAGAAUUUUUAUUUCAAUUUAAAUAUGAAUUAACAUUUCAAAAUAAACUUUUAAAUAAUUUUAUAACAAUGUGUAUUGAUACAAGUCAAAUGAUAGUUGUUAUGUUUGUAUUGGCAAAUGGAAAAUUUAGGAAUUAUAUUUUAUUUAAACAUGUUAAAACAACUUCAUAUAAUUCAGAUAAAUCAAAUAGUUUUGAUUCAAUGUGGUCAAAAUAUAAUAGAAGAAAAUCAUUAUUCCCAUCAAAUUUAGAAUUAUCAGGUGGCACAUUGUCAUUAUCAAUGGAUACAUCAAUUGAAAUGGAUAAUGUAACAUUUUCAAUUAAUUCAAAUAAUAUUGAGAAUUCAAGUACACAAAAUGAAUCAAAUUCAAAAAAUGUUAUUACAAGUCCAAGUGUAUAUGAUAUUUCUUCAUUAUAUAAUGGAGAAAAUUUGGGUGAAAAUGAAACAGAGACUUCAACUGCUAUUAUUUUAAAUUUAACCAAUCAAAAUGAAGAUAAUAACCUUUAA